AUGCAUCGUCUAUAUAUAGAUGUAACAAAAAAAGUCACACAACCCUUCAUAUCCUACUACUUUGACUAUUCUCAGAAAGAAGUUGAAGAUUUCACUCAGAGAUUAAGAGAACUCGUUGUGACUAAAGAAAUCGCAGAAGAUUUAAUGCAAAGAUCAAAUAAUAACCCAGGAUGGGCUAUGGUAUCAUUCUUGUUUUAUCAAUAA